AUGAACUCCUGCCUGCGAUCCCUUAUCCUUUUGGUCGCCUGCCUGCUGGCCCUCGCCCUCGCCUCGCCAAUCCACAGCAUUUGGGCCAAUCUGCCCCAGCACGAGGAGAAGCGCAGCUACUACGGCGCCUUCCAGCACGUGCCCGGAUACGCUGAGGACGACCGGGACAAGAAGAACAUGAUGUGGUUCGACCGCGCCAACCUGGCCAACUAU